CUGAAGAGCGCUGCUCUCUGCAGUCACACUGUUGUCUCCCUGUCGUCAUCUACAGCAACAACAGUCCUGACUUUGGAUCUCUAACAUUCCACCAUGUGUAAAGGACUUGCAACACUUCCUGCAACAUGCUUGAAAAGCGCCAAAGACAUCAAGCACAAAAUAAGCUUCUUACUCCAGAAGCCUGAACCCCAAACAGCGGAUCAGAAGCAGAUGAAAGAGAAGAACUCUACUGCUGCUGCUGCUGCUGCUGCAAAAAGGGUGCCGACUGCAACCGAGGUGAAGAAAUGGAAGGAGUCUUUCAGCCACAUCAUGAACAGUGACACGGGUCGUACAGUCUUCACCAGCUUCCUGAGGUCAGAGUUCAGCGAAGAGAACAUGGAUUUCUGGGUCGCCUGUGAAGACUACAAGAAGACAGCGUCUUCCAAGCUGGUGCCCAGAGCCAAGCAGAUCUACCAGCAGUACGUUGAGGCAGAUGCUCCUAAUGAGGUAAACCUGGACGCAUCGACCAGAGACCAAACGAGGCAGAACGUGGAGAACCCCUGCCCCUCUUGUUUUGACGAGGCUCAGAGGAUGAUCUACCUCUUGAUGGAGAAAGACUCCUACAGACGCUUCCUCAACUCCAAACUGAUCCAGGGUCUGUCUCAGAAACAAACUGCCACCACCACCGCGAAGAAGGAGGAGAGGAAAGAUUGUGACUAUGCAGAGAACAGGCAGGCGUUAACCGGUGGUGCCUAAACAGGAAGGAAGCACGAGUCAUUUUUAUUUGAAUAACAACAACGUAAUAUCUCUAAAGUGAAUAUAUCAAGUUCUUUUUAAGACUUAACUGUAAGUGAUGAGAACACAGACAUUAAAAUAAUAAGUUGCGGUGUACUGAGUGAGAAGCAGUAACAAUGACUUACCGAUCAGUGUUAAAUUUAUUUAAUUCAGGGAUUUAUACUUUUACAAGUAGAUUUUUUUACAUUUUCAAACUAAAAAAACAAAAAAAAAACCAGUUGAUUGUGAACAUGUUUAUUUUUUGUAACAACAUUAAAUAAACCAUCAUGCGUUCACCUGCUGUGCAGUUAGUUUUGGCUGUCAGUGUUCUGUUAUAGCAUUUUCCACCAUAUUGUCUGAGGCACAUUGACUUAUAGUGUUACAUUUGUUACAAGUUCUUCACUUCCUGCUCACUACCUAUGACUAAUCACAUGUUCAUACAACAGCAGAUGGAUGAUACUGAUGUCUAUGUUCUCAUUACUUGUGGUCUGUAAGUUGAUCUAAAACCUUAAAAUAUAUCUCAGAGAAGGUCAUUGUAACAACUGGCUGUGCUGUAUAAACAUCUCUGCACUGUGCAAACGUUUGUCAACUCCUAAUGGGAAUUUGAACCGUGCUUUAAUAUUGCAGUGUUGAUUUCCUGUCACGUCAUACAUUUUCUUUGUCAAAUUGUGAUUCAUUUGAUUUUUUUUUACAGUUCCCCUGUAAGUCAAACUGUUAUGUUCAGACAUGAAGUACUGUAAUUUGUGAAGGGUGUUAAAUAAAUAAUGUGUUCACUUUAAUUUAAUAUAUUUCGGUGGCCUUGCAUACUAAAAAGGUUUUAUGAGAAUGUACACUGUGAUAGAUAGUAAACUAAAGACCAUAUUUAGAUAUUUAUGAAAUGAUGCCAUUGUCCUAUUUAUACCUUA